AGGCGGGGGUGACCCUCUGUGGGGCUGUGGGUGGGGCGGCGGCCGGGGCAUUGGUGUUCACUUUGGGGGCUGGAGAAAGGGCGAGGAACUUGCUCCAGUCUACGAACCCAGUCGAGGGCCCAGGACCGUGGGGGUUGAAGGAAGUCGCCCCGAGCGGCUGGCGUUGGUCCAGAGGAGAGGCGUCCCGCCCCCGGAGGCCUCCUCCCCGGACCCUCCUACUGGGCUGCGCGUGGGCGGCCCCAGUUCUGUCUCCGGGGCUGCGGCGGGAACAACCGAGCGAGCUGGACCUGACCAUCUCCUGAAGACCCGCUGGAGAAGAAGGAUCGUGGCAAGUUAGUCCGUCAGCGCAGAGGUCAGGCCGCUGAUCCCCGUCCAUCGUUCUCCGUCUUUCGCCCAGCCCUUUUGGCAAGAGUCCGCGACCUCCCCGAGUUGCUUCUGCUUCUUCUUCGAGUAUGCCAGCAAAUCUUCUAGCAGGGUGAUUUUUCUUCCUUUGCUUUGCGGGAAAGAAGAUACAUAUUUAAAGGAUUGCUUCUCCUCACAAUCCCUGUCCUCUAAAAGUUUUCCUUCAUUGGGAAAGCUUCAUUCCUUCUUUGGACUAUUUGAUGGUUACCACCGUAUGAUUUAGCUCGUGGGAUCAUCUUUAGAUCAGAUCUUAAAAAUUAUCACCCACAAAACGGCAGAGUUGUUCUCUCCGCCCAAGAAGGGCAAAUGGACUUUGGAGUUAAGAUGCAGGGGGGUGAACCAGUAUCAACCAUGAAAGUCGCAGAGACGGAAGGAAAGCUGGAGAGCCUGGCCACAGCCCUGACCCCGAACAAGAACAGCAGCAACAGCAGUUGUGGAGGUGGAAUCAGUAGCAGCAGCAGCAGCGGCAGCAGCCGCGGAGGCAGUGCAAAAGGCUGGCAGUACAGUGAUCACAUGGAAAAUGUGUAUGGCUACUUAAUGAAGUACACCAACCUUGUCACUGGGUGGCAGUAUAGGUUUUUUGUUUUAAACAACGAAGCUGGGUUAUUGGAAUACUUUGUGAAUGAGCAGUCUAGAAAUCAAAAACCCAGAGGUACUUUGCAGCUUGCAGGAGCUGUAAUAUCACCCAGUGAUGAAGACUCUCACACCUUCACUGUAAAUGCUGCCAGUGGGGAACAGUAUAAACUCAGAGCCACAGAUGCUAAAGAGCGACAGCAUUGGGUUAGCAGACUUCAGAUAUGUACACAACAUCACACUGAAGCUAUUGGAAAGAAUAAUCCACCUCUGAAAUCACGGAACUUCUCACUUGCAUCUAGUGGUAAUUCUCCUAUAUCUCAGAGGAGACCAAGUCAAAAUGCCAUUUCUUUUUUUAAUGUUGGACAUUCCAAGCUGCAAUCAGUGGGCAAAAGAGCUCACUUACCUCCAGACCAUCUCGUGGAAGUCAGAGAAAUGAUGUCACAUGCUGAAGGACAACAAAGAGACUUAAUUAGACGAAUUGAAUGCCUUCCUGCUUCUGGCCAUCUUAGUUCCUUGGACCAGGAUCUCUUAAUGCUCAAAGCCACUUCCAUGGCAACUAUGAACUGCUUAAAUGACUGCUUUCAUAUUCUCCAGUUGCAGCAUGCAUCACAUCAGAAGGGCUCAUUGCCUCCAGGAACGACAAUUGAGUGGUUAGAACCAAAGAUACCUUUAUCAAACCACUAUAAAAAUGGAGCUGACCAGCCCUUUGCAACCGAGCAGAGUAAGCCAGUGGCAGUCCCAGAAGAGCAGUGUGUUGCGGAAUCUGGACUAUUAGCAAGGGAACCUGAAGAAAUAAAUGCAGAUGAUGAGGUGGAGGACACUUGUGACAACAAGGAGGAUGACCUGGGAGCUGUGGAAGAGCAGCGCAGUGUUAUCCUGCAUCUCUUGUCACAGCUCAAGCUGGGCAUGGACUUAACGAGAGUGGUGCUUCCUACAUUUAUCCUGGAGAAGCGUUCCUUGCUGGAAAUGUAUGCAGAUUUUAUGUCUCAUCCAGACCUAUUUAUAGCCAUCACUAAUGGAGCCACAGCUGAAGACAGAAUGAUUCGUUUUGUUGAGUACUACCUUACCUCAUUUCAUGAAGGCCGUAAGGGAGCCAUUGCUAAGAAACCAUACAAUCCUAUCAUUGGAGAAACAUUUCACUGUUCCUGGAAGAUACCGAAAAGCGAAGUACCAUCCAGUGUUACUAGCAACUCUUCCAUGCAGGCAGUCUCAAAUCAUGGUCCUCUUUCAGAAGAGGCUUUGAGCAAGGUGGGACCAGACUAUUAUACAGUCAGAUUUGUUGCUGAGCAAGUUUCCCAUCAUCCUCCAGUAUCAGGAUUUUAUGCAGAAUGUGCAGAGAGGAAGAUGUGUGUAAAUGCACACGUAUGGACUAAGAGCAAAUUCUUAGGGAUGUCAAUAGGCGUGACAAUGGUUGGAGAAGGUAUCCUUAGUCUCCUGGAGCAUGGAGAGGAGUAUACGUUUUCUCUGCCUUGUGCAUAUGCCCGGUCAAUUUUGACUGUUCCUUGGGUAGAACUGGGUGGCAAAGUCAGUAUCAACUGUGUAAAAACUGGGUAUUCAGCCAGCAUCACUUUUCAUACCAAGCCAUUUUAUGGUGGCAAACUGCACCGGGUUACAGGUGAAGUGAAGCACAACACCACCAACGCUGUGGUGUGCAGAGUGCAAGGGGAGUGGAAUAGUGUUCUCGAGUUCACGUACAGCAGUGGAGAGACGAAGAAUGUGGACUUGACUAAACUGGCAGUGACAAAGAAAAGAGUGAGACCUCUGGAGAAGCAGGACCCAUUUGAAUCCAGGCGAUUAUGGAAAAAUGUCACAGACUCUCUGAGAGAAUCUGAAAUUGAUAAGGCCACAGAGCAUAAACGUACCCUGGAAGAACGCCAGAGGACUGAAGAAAGGCAUCGCAUUGAAACAGGCACGCCCUGGAAAACCAAAUAUUUUAUUAAAGAGGGAGAUGGCUGGGUUUAUCACAAACCCCUCUGGAAAAUAAUUCCAGCAACACAACCAGCAGAGUGACACACACCAAGACUCGACCAAAUGAAAUUCUUCUCUGUUUACCCUAAAUCCUCCCAGAAUGGAGUCGUUGCACUGAGUGACCUGCUUCCUGAUUGCAGACUGAAACUAGCUAAACAUGAAUGUACCUGUUAGGGCACCAUAGAACCGCAGCGAGACCAAAGUGUUGAAGAAGCACUAUGGACCUCUCACCACCUACCUGUCCACAUGAUGUGAGCAAUAUCAUCUGAAACCCUCUCAUCUGACUCGUUAGAUGAUUAAUCUUUUAUCCAGUUCCUGCUCCUAAGCUAAAUUUGAAUCCCCUAUUUUUGCAUGGGGUCAACAGAUUAACAACAGUGAAAAACUUAAUGACGUUAAUUUCUUUAUAGUAAAAAGUGAAGUCUCUUUUCAGAGUCUGUGCUUUGCUUUCUGUCAGUAACUUUAAGUAGUCAUUGCUCAUAAAAAACCAAGAGGAAGAGAAAGACAACCCAGAAGUGGACUCAGCCAUUGUGCCUGAAAUCAGUGUUAAAAAAAAAAAAUCAACCAAGUUGUAGAAACAAGGCAUUCUGUUCCUUCAAAGAGACUGUGUGCCUGUGUCUGAGGAUCUAUCCAUUAUCCACCUCCGUUGGAACUCUCUUUUAAAAAGUAUAUUUAUAAAUUGAUUCAAAUUACAACCAUGGAGAACUUUUUCUUCUGAGCAUUUUAAUAUACUUGAAAACAACAUUGACUUGAAAAAAUUCAGAGCAUUUUUCAAUACCUAGUUUUAUUAAAUAUUACACUUGAGAGACAGUUUUUUAAAUAUGUUCAUGUCAAUAUGAGAUUUUGGCCUUUCUCAAGAACUGAGGCAUUAAAGUACAUCGCAAAUAUUUAAAAAAAUAAAACUGUUACUUUUUUCGUACUUUUUUUCCACUUGUAGGUUAAUAUUCAGUAUUAUGUUUUAUCCCUCUGGAUAAGUAUGCUUUGUCUUACCUGUGUUCAUUCAAAAUUCAAAACAACUCUUCAUAUUUGUCAGUAGUUCAGAAGUUAUGUACGGUACUGAGAACAUGUACAAUAUGGUUUUACUAUAUUUUCUUUUCAAGGAAACUCAAAUGCUGAAGAAAAAAUAUGAAAUCAAAAGAUAUCAGGAAAUUGUAUUCAGGUACAAAUCUUUUUAAAAAUAAGUAUUUUAUUGAGGUUAAAGAGUUUAUGUCAACUAAAAGAAUAGUGCUAAUUACGGCUAUCAUCAUUCAUUCAAGUAUUUAUUGAGCACCUACUUAUGGUGCUCAGUACUUGUUACUGAAAGCUACCUUAAUUUUCCAAGAGUGGUGCCUUAUUCUGUUCUUCUGAUGUGGUCUUCCAAUCAGUGUGUGUAAUACAUACCUGUUUUCAUCAGCCAUUGUAGGUGGCUAUGUCUGUUACGUCAUCAUAAGAAAUUUAAGCUUUGUGCUCUGAAUAAAUUGUGUUUUAUUGAAAGGGUUAAUAGGAUGAAACAAAACACUUUUUUUUUUCAACAAAUUGUAAAUUACAAGAAAAUAAUUGGUUUAUGUACAACCAUUUUAAUGAUUCCGUUCAUUUUUGCUGUGAAAUGCACUGAAAAAAAUCUCAAAGUGAGUUAUAGUUCAUGUGUUGGGAAGAUUAAAAAUUAAUAAAAUUAGAGAACAAUGA